AUGAAAUUGCUAUUUAUUUUCUUUUGGUUAGAUUAUUUAUUUUUUCAGUCUUUUUUUUCCUGUUACUUUUUUUCCCGCUCGCCCUCGCGAUUGUCACUUCUUGUUUUCUUUUCCUUCGCCUUGUUCAUUGCAUUUUUAUCUUCAUUCUUUAAUGCCGUCUCUUUUUCAAACAACAUUUUAAUCUCUUCUUCCCUUUAUUCUUUUCCCCUUUUAAAUCCUCUCUUUCCCCUUAAGAAUUUUUUCAUCUUCUCUUUCUACUACAUAGCUUUCGAUUUCUCUUUUAUAAUCUUUUUUUCUUUUAUAUUUUUCUUCUUUGAAUUUUCUACUUUCUUUUUCACAGUACUCUCUUUCUUCUUUGCAUGCUCCCCCUUCUUUUUCACAAUUGUCUCAUCUUUGCUCUCUCUUUUCUUUCAUUGCUAUAUUCGCUUUUGCUACCUCAUCCUUCACUUGCUCUUUCAAAAUAUAUAUCUAUCUAUCUAUCUAUCUAUCUAUCUAUCUAUCUAUCUAUCUAUUUAG